AAACUGUUCCAAAACGUGCACCCACCAAGCCACCUCAUUCAGGUGAAAUGCAGCAGUUGUAUAUAUUUAUCAGCAGCAGUUUAAAUGGCAGUGUCUGGAUGGAAGUGGAAUUGAAGACAGUCAAGAGAGAUGUGAUGCAAGUGGUCUGCUGAAAGUGUGGCCACUGAAAUCUGUUGUUGAGUGUGUGUCUGCAUGUGUGUGUGUGUGUGAUGGGGAGUGGAAAAGAGAAGUGAUUUUUCUCAGAGGCGGUGAGAACAAAUUACCUCCCCUCUGUGACAAAGACGUGACUUGUAGCCGAACACGGCGUUCAUUUACAUCGCUGCGAACGAUCGAGCAGCUCAGGUUAAAACGCAUGAGGCGAAUGAGACUCAAACAUGUAAACUGUUGGAUUAAAGAUGAAUCUGGAUACGUUAGGUAAACUCGCUGCUCCUGCCACAGCAAAGAUCCGGCAGCUUCAAAAGAUCGUUCAGGACAUUAAGAAAAACGAUGGCAGCUUACUGAAUAAACUUCGAAGACUGAAGAGCAAACCACUUCCAAAGGUGCCUGCACGAGAUUACAGAGAUGACCACAGGGAAAGUGAUGAAGAACUGUCUGAACCUGAUUAUGAUAAUGACACGAUUCAGGAUCCACAUGAGUACCACGACGACAGCUACGAGCCUCCUCCCAGCCACCGAGUCUUCACCACAGCUUCUUCUGCCUCCUUCCCGAGGGGGGAGUACCUCGACAGCUGCCGUAACCGGCCCAGUCGGCCACCCAGGAAGCCCCUCCGCCCAGGCAAAGGCUCCAAACAACUGCCCCCUGAACCCACCCACAUGGGGAGUGACGAAGAAGACUACAUCAAUCCAGACGCCACUAAUGAUGAUGACAACUACAUAGAACCUGCGGAGAAUCCACCUGCCACUCCUCCAAAGCCUGGAGGGAGCAGAGCAGGGAGGGACCUCCCCAUGCUGCCUACACCUUUACCAGAGCGUCCACCCAGUCCAGAUUUUUAUGAAGUUCCUGACAAAGAGGAGAGCUCAUUACCUCCUCCAGUCAACAGAAUGUGUCCAGUCUCCACGACACCUUCACAUCCUUUACCCCCGAAACCCAGCCCCAGAGUGAAUGUAAGGAGAUCUCCUCCUCCUGUGCAGGAGCCCACAGGUGAGGACGAGUACGAAGUUUGUGAUCCAGACGACAGCUCAUGUGAUAAACCUGCAGCGAGUCGUCCUCCACUUCGUCCCAAACCUCUGCCCAGAGAGAGGUCACCGAAACCACCUUUAAGGCCGAGGCCAGAUUUAAAACCAAGGGAAUUUGAAAGCCAAACGCUGCCUGCGAUGCAAACUGACCACAAAGUUCCUCUAAAAGGUUUUUCACUGGACAUGAAACGACCAAAGAUUCCUCUUCCACAGUUUUCCUCCCUCAAACCGACUGACAGAGGAAGUGUUUCUGCUGAUAAUGCAUCGACAGAUGAAGAUAAGGAUGCAGACAUGUAUAAGAAACCCUGGUAUGCCGGCGCAUGCGACCGCAGGACAGCUGACGAUGUCUUGUUUCGCUCAAAUAAAGACGGGGCGUUUAUGGUGAGGAAGAGCUCCGGUCAGGACGCACAGCAGCCCUACACACUGGUGGUGUUUUACAAGGGCAGAGUGUACAACAUACCGAUCCGCCUCACCACAAACUCUCAGCAGUACGCACUGGGGAGGGAGAAGAGAGGAGAGGAGUAUUUCAGCAGCAUCUCCCACAUCAUCGAGAACCACCAGAGGUGUCCUCUGGUGCUGAUCGACAGCCAGAGUAACACCAAGGACGCCACCAAGCUGUGCUACCCCGUGAGGCCUUAGCCGACCCGGCGAGCGUCCCGACAUGCUGUGUUUACUGUCAGACUGUUUACAGAACUGAUCAUGUGACGCCUCUCUCCUCCUUCGUUGUUGAAUCGAGGUGCUGCCGACAGGACUGUUCCCUGCAUUGCUGGCCAUGCAGAGCUCAAGUAGCACUGACUCCACUCAGACGACUUUUUAACUCAUGUUUUAUUAAGAUAUUUUUUUAAUGCUCAGUCAGUAAACAGUGUAUUAAAAUGAAUGCGAGGAAUGAGACAGAAGGAAGCAGGCAGAACGACAGCUGUGCUUCGGAGAGCCAAACAGAAAUGCAAGGUUGUAUAUUUUGUUUUAAUAAAACGCUUCUCUCGUGUUUAA